ACUGUUACAACUGAAACCUACACUCCAACACCAACAACAGAAACUGCCACCACAACACAGUACACAACACAAGUUACACCACCACCAACAUCAGCAGAAACUACUGCAUUGACAACCACUGUUACAACUGAAACAUCCACUACAACACCAACAAUAGAAUCUGCCACCACAACUCUAUACACAACACAACCUACAACACCACCAACAUCAGCAGAAACUACUGCAGUGACAACCACUGUUACAACUGAAACCUCCACUACAACAACAACAACAGAAUCUGCCACCACAACACAACCAACAACACCACCAACAUCAGCAGAAACUACUGCAGUGACAACCACUGUUACAACUGAAACAUCCACUCCAACACCAACAACAGAAUCUGCCACCACAACUCCAUACACAACAAAACGUACAACACCAGCAGAAACUACUGCAGUGACAACCACUGUUACAACUGAAACAUCCACUCCAACAACAACGACAGAAUCUGCCACCACAACUCCAUACACAACACAACCUACAACACCACCAACAUCAGCAGAAACUACUGCAGUGACAACCACUGUUACAACUGAAACAUCCACUACAACACCAACAACAGAAACUGCCACCACAACUCCAUACAAAACAGAACCUACAACACCACCGACAUUAGCAGUGACAACCACUCCAACAACUGAAACAUCCACUACAACACCAACUAUAGAAUCUGCCAUCACAACUCUAUACACAAUACAACCUACAACACCACCAACAUCAGCAGAAACUGCUGCACUGACAACCACUCCAACAACUGAAACAUCCACUACAACACCAACUAUAGAAUCUGCCACCACAACUCUAUACACAACACAACCUACAACACCACCAACAUCAGCAGAAACUACUGCAGAGACAACCACUGUUACCACUGAAACAUCCACUACAACACCAACAACAGAAUCUGCCACCACAACUCCAUACACAACACAAACUACAACACCACCAACAUCAGCAGAAACUACUGCAGUGACAACCACUCCAACAACUGAAACAUCCACUACAACACCAACUAUAGAAUCUGCCACCACAACUCUAUACACAACACAACCUACAACACCACCAACAUCAGCAGAAACUACUGCAGUGACAACCACUUUUACAACUGAAACAUCCACUACAACACCAACAACAGAAUCUGCCACC